CCACAGUGGGUGAGGUUGGAGGACCAACACGGGAAGCCCUACUUCUACAACCCAGAUGACGCCUCAGUUCAGUGGGAGCUGCCCCAGGUUCCUGUCCCUGCCCCUCGAAGCAUCCACAAAUCCAGCCAGGACAGUGAGACACCAGCCCAGGCCAGCCCACUUGAGGAGAAGACCAAGACUCUGGACAAGGCCGGCGUGCUCCAUCGCACCAAGACGGCGGACAAGGGAAGGCGGCUCCGGAAGAAGCACUGGAGCGCCUCCUGGACGGUGCUGGAGGGUGGCGUGCUGACAUUCUUCAAGGACUCAAAGGCCUCAGCUGCAGGCGGCCUGAGGCAGCCUCCCAAGCUCUCCACCCCUGAGUACACAGUGGAGCUGAGGGGGGCCUCUCUCUCCUGGGCCCCCAAGGACAAAUCUAGCAGGAAGAAUGUGCUGGAGCUGCGGAGCCGAGAUGGCUCAGAGUACCUGAUCCAGCAUGACUCCGAGGCCAUCAUCAGCACCUGGCACAAGGCCAUUGGCGAGGGCAUCCAGGAGCUGUCCGCAGACCUGCCCCGGGAGGAGGAAAGCGAGAGCAGCAGCGCGGACUUCGGGUCCAGCGAGCGCUUGGGAAGCUGGCGGGAGGACGAGGCGCGGCCGGGUGCAGGCGCAGCCACCUCGGAGAGCGACCUGAGCAGGGUCCGGCACCGGCUCCGCUGGUUGCUGCUGAAGCGGCCCACGCUGCAGUCGCUGCGGGAGAAGGGCUACAUCAAAGACCAGGUGUUCGGCUGCGCGCUCGCCGCGCUGUGUGAGCGCGAGAGGAGCCCCGUGCCGCGCUUCGUGCAGCAGUGCAUCCGCACCGUCGAGGCCCGGGGGCUGGACAUCGACGGCCUGUACCGCAUCAGUGGAAACCUGGCCACCAUCCAGAAGCUGCGCUAUAAGGUGGACCACGAUGAGCGCCUGGACCUGGACGACGGGCGCUGGGAGGACGUCCACGUAAUCACCGGGGCCCUGAAGCUCUUCUUUCGAGAGCUGCCGGAGCCCCUCUUCCCCUUCUCGCACUUCCGCCAGUUCAUCGCGGCCAUCAAGCUGCAGGACCAGGCCCAGCGCCGCCGCUGUGUGCGGGACCUGGUGCGCUCGCUGCCGGCCCCCAACCACGACACGCUGCGGCUGCUCUUCCAGCACCUGUGGCGGGUGAUCGAGCACGGGGAUCAGAACCGCAUGUCCGUGCAGAGCGUGGCCAUAGUGUUCGGGCCCACGCUGCUGCGGCCCGAGACCGAGGAGACCAGCAUGCCCAUGACCAUGGUGUUCCAGAACCAGGUGGUGGAGCUCAUCCUGCAGCGCUGCUCGGACAUCUUCCCGCCGCACUGACCGCGGGCCCCUGCCCCCACCCCCCGCGGCUGGCGCCGCGGACCCGGGACUGGGGGCGGCGACAGUGGUCCUGCCUUGGAAGCCGGACGGUUGGAGGCCGCUUGGCUGGACUCCUCUGUGAGACCCUCCGCCUCUCAGCGGUCCCCAGGCCGAAGUGAAAUCUGCACCCCUUGGUGCAGUAUGGUGAUCCCUGGUGGGCAGUUUGCAAAAUGUGAUUACCUCUCCCCCCCGCACCCCGC